AUGGGUAAGGGAAUAAGGAAGGGGAGGAGAAGAAAGGAUGGAGAGAGGGCAUUGUCACUGGCCAUUGCGGCGAGUGGACGUGGAGGACGGAAAGAGAACCAAAAACAGGACGACGAGACACAUCACGAACAUCAACUGACUCUUGCUCUCCCCUCCUUCAGGAAGAAGCACCAGAAGCGCCUUAGCGCGCCCUCGCACUGGCUCCUGGACAAACUGUCCGGUGUCUACGCACCCAAGGCCUCCCCCGGCCCGCACAAGUCCCGCGAGUGCCUGCCGCUCAUCAUCUUCCUGCGCAACCGCCUCAAGUACGCGCUCAACUUCCGCGAGACGCGCGCCAUCCUGCAGCAGCGCCUGAUCAAGGUCGACCACAAGGUCCGCACGGACAUGACCUACCCCACUGGCUUCAUGGACGUCAUCGGCAUCGAGAAGACCGGCGAGAACUUCCGCCUGAUCUACGACACCAAGGGCCGCUUCACCGUCCACCGCAUCCAGGAGGAGGAGGCUGAGUACAAGCUCGGCAAGGUCCGCCGCGUCCAGCUCGGCCGCGGUGGCAUUCCAUUCUUGGUUACGCAUGAUGCGAGAACAAAACGAUCUCUUUCUCUGCAAUCUAUCAGCCGUUGGAUCAAGCUUUGGAAGGCCGCUCGACGGGGACGAGGAUACGGGCAAAAGAAGGCUCCAUUGGAAAAAGAGAGAAUGAGCAGGAAUGAAAGAGGAGAUGAGAGGUGA